AUGAGCGAAGAUCCGAGAAUCAUUCUGCGCCGCCUGCUGGACGCGGCUCUCGCGAGUGCCCGGCCGGCGCGCUGCUUGCCGCCGCACCUGCCUGAGCCGCCCGCCGGCCGCACCGUCGUGGUGGGCGCCGGCAAGGCGGCAGCGACGAUGGCGCAGGCCGUCGAAGAUCACUGGGAGGGUCCCCUCGAAGGCCUCGUCGUCACCCGGUACGGCCACCGCGUGCCGACACGCGCGAUCGAGGUGGUCGAGGCGGCGCAUCCGGUACCGGAUGCCGGCGGCCGCGAGGCCGCGGCGCGCAUCCUCGCCAUGGCCGAGGGACUGGGAGCGGACGAUCUCGCGCUCUGCCUCGCGGUCACCGGCGCGCUGCUCCGCUCGGGCGCCGCGAUCGGCGAGAUCAAUGCCGUGCGCAAGCAUCUCUCCGCCAUCAAGGGCGGGCGGCUGGGGGGGGCCUGCCAUCCGGCUCGCCUCGUGAGCCUCCUGAUCUCGGACGUGCCGGGGGACGACCCGGCAGUGAUCGGCUCGGGCCCGACCGUGCCCGACCCCACCACCUUCGCCGACGCCCUUGCGGUGCUGCGCAAGUACGGGAUCGACGAGCCCGCCGCCGUCAUCCGUCACCUUGAGCAGGGCCGGGAGGAGACGCCGGAGGAGGGCGACCCCCGGCUCGCAGGGGCGGAGACCCUGAUCGUGGCGACGCCCGCCAUGGCGCUCGCCGCCGCCGCCGAUGUGGCGCGCGAGGCGGGUUACGCGCCCAUCAUCCUGGGCGAUGCGCUGGAGGGCGAGGCGCGCGAUCUCGCGGGCGUGCACGCCGCGCUCGCACGAGACGCCGCGCCCGGCACCAUCCUCCUUUCCGGCGGCGAAGCGACGGUGACCGUCACCGGCGAAGGCCGCGGCGGCCCCAACGCCGAAUAUGCGCUCGCACUUGCGCUCGCGCUCGACGGUGCGCCCGGCAUCUUCGCCACCGCCUGCGAUACCGACGGGAUCGACGGCACCGAGGACAAUGCCGGCGCCGUGGUCGCGCCCGAUACGCUGGCGCGUGGGCGCGCGUCGGGGGAGGACGCCGCUGCCCGACUCGCUGCCAACGACGCCUACGGCUUCUUCGCCGCGCUCGGCGAUCUGGUGAUGACCGGGCCGACGCUCACCAACGUGAACGACUUUCGCGCGAUUCUGGUGAGCCAUCCGGGGACUCGGGAGGGGAAGCGGCGCGUUUGCGGACUAACCAUUGACCGGCAGCGGCGCCAUGCCGAUAACGGGGGCAGGGAGACCGCAGAGGCACGAGUCGUGCGCCGACACCGCCGCGCCAAGAUUGUCGCGACACUCGGGCCGUCGAGCUCCGACGAGGCGAUCGUCCGCGCGCUGUUCGAGACCGGCGUGGACGUGUUCCGCCUCAAUUUCAGCCACGGCACCCACGCCGAGCACAGCGCCCGCCACGCCCUCGUUCGCGCCGUCGAGGCGGAGGCCGGCCGGCCGAUCGGGAUUCUCGCCGACCUUCAGGGGCCGAAGCUCAGGAUCGGCACCUUCCGGGGCGGCGAGGCGCCGCUCGCCCAAGGCCAGCGCUUCACCCUCGGCUUCGGCGAUGAGCCGGGGGAUCGGACCUGCGUGGGCGUGCCGCACGCCGAAAUCUUCGCGGCGCUGGCGCCCGGCGCCGAAGUGCUGCUGGACGACGGCAAGGUGCGGCUCCGCGUCGCCGCGUGCGGUCCGGACCAUGCCGAGACGGUGGUGGUGACGCCGGGCGUCCUCUCCGAUCGCAAGGGCCUCAACCUGCCGGGCGUGACGCUCCCCAUCGAUGCGGUCACGCUCAAGGAUCGGGAGGAUCUCGCUUUCGCUCUCAGCCUCGGGGUCGACUGGGUGGCGCUCUCCUUCGUUCAGGGGCCCGACGACAUCGCGUCCGCGCGCCGCCUGGUGCCGGACCAUGUGGCCAUCGUGGCCAAGCUGGAGAAGCCUGCGGCGCUCGAUUGCCUGGAGGAGAUCGUCGAACUCUCCGACGCGAUCAUGGUGGCGCGCGGCGACCUCGGCGUGGAGCUUGCGCCCGAGGACGUGCCGGCCGCGCAGAAGCGCAUCGUCCAUGCGGCGCGGACCGCCGGCAAGCCGGUUGUGAUCGCGACCCAGAUGCUGGAUUCGAUGAUGAUUGCGCCGGCGCCCACCCGCGCCGAAGCCUCGGACGUCGCGACCGCGGUCUAUGACGGGGCCGAUGCGCUCAUGCUCUCAGGCGAAUCCGCGCCGGGCGCUAUCCGCGCGAAGCGGUGGCGAUGA